AUGCGAAUCUGGCCUCGAUUCAGCGUCGGUGUCAUCGUAAGUGUCUUCGUCGUAUUUAUGGCAAUUCUUCUUUCGUUGCAUAACACAUCCCGCAAGCUUUAUAUAGUUGUGAUUAAAAUUCUAUCUAUCUAUCUAUCUUAUCAGGUUGAGAUCUGCUGCAUUAUGUUAAUAUCUAUCCAUCUCUCUCUCUCUCUCUCUCUCUCUCUCUAUCUAUCUAUCUAUCUAUCUACCUAUCUAUAUAUCUAUCUAUUUAUCUAUCUAUCUAAUCAGGUUGAGAUCAGCUGCAUAUAUCUAUCUAUCUAUCGAUCUGCUGCAUAUAUCUAUCUAUCUAUCUAUCUAUCACAGUCUGAUAAAAUCAAUCUAUCUACCUCUCUCCUUCAAAGAUUUUCCAUUUAUUCCAUCAUCUUUGUUCAUCGUCUUCCUCAUCUACUCUUCGAACAUUUGCUUCUUCUUCGUCUUAUUCUUCUCCUCCUCCUCCUCCUCCUCCUCCCACUUCCUCCUCCUCAACAUCAUCAUCAUCAUCAUGAAGCCAUUCUACUUCAGAAUAUAUUCUUCUUCGACUCCCCCGGCAACUUUCUAUACAAACACAAAUGCACAUCUAUCUAUCUAUGUAUGUAUGUAUCUAUCUAUCUAUCUAUCUAUCUAUCUAUCUAUCUAUCUAUCUAUCUAUCUAUCUAUCUAUCAAUCUGUCUUUAA